AUGGUUCGUGUUCCUGCAUCGCUUUCUCCGGCUAGGACGAGAAGUAACCGUACAUACGGUAUUCAGCAUGUCCGCCGUAACAACUUUGUCAUGAGCCAGCCCAAUAGUGUGUUGGCGUAUCUUCAAUCUUACAAAUCGGAUUCGUCUGAGGAGGAAGAGGAAGUACCCGCACCUACUGCACCAGCUCCAUCUUCAGCUCUUCCAUCGACAACUACAGGUAAUGUCAUUUUAUUUGAGAAUACUUCCACUGCACCUUCUACUUCCAGGGUUCGUUUCGAAGCACCGUCAACUAGCCAGGCCACAGGAACAGACGAUCCAACAUCUACCCAGAGACUUCAUGGUUUCUCGAUGAGUCAUGGAUUCCGCGCAAUCCAAAUCAACGAUGAUGACGAAGAAGAAGCAAUGGACAUCGGCGAUGGUUUCAGUGGUGCUGAUGAAUCAGACACUUCGGAUGAUGAUGAACUUCAACGACCUUCCGCACAGCCAGCACAUGUUGUUCAGCCCAGUUCUAUCGAGGCCUACGAAUCAACAAAACCUUACUACUUCUUGUCGGCAAAGAAAAAGAGCAAUGGAGAAUACAACAAAAAGAUGGCACUUGGAGGAUACACAUAUCUAUUAGGUAAGCUUUUUUUAUCGUUUUAUGAUUUUGAUUUUAGACCGAACUAAGGCAUCUUGGAUUUGUUGUCGUAAGAAUAUGUGCGGUGGUCGGGUCAGGAUUGUUGGCGAGGCCGCUGAAGAAGUUACUGCUCACAACCAAUUCUGUGCACCCAACAUUGAAAGAGUCAGAGCGGAAAUGCUGAAGUCAAAAAUCUACGACAGCGCCAAGAAUUCCACUGAAGCUCCACGAAAGUUGAUAGGAACCAAAGUACAGACAACUGGGGACCUAGAAGUCCUUUCCCAACUACCGAGCAAGAAGUCGAUGACCAGAGCCAUCAACAAAAUUCGUCAGCGGAUUGGAGGAUGUUGA